AUGGCAGCAGCUGCAGCUGCAGCAGCAGCAGCAAUGGCAGCAGCAGCAACGACACCAGAAGCAGCAGCAAGGACAGCAACAAAAGAAGGAGCAGCAACAGCAGCAAGAGCAACAGCAGCAGCAGCAGCAGCAGCAGCAGCAGAGACCCCUUACGGUUUGAGUGUAUCUGCUACAGCAGCAAUAGCAGCUUCUGCUGCUGCUGUUGCUGCUUCGCUGCUGAGGCGGGCGCGCAGCUCAACCAGCCAGCAGCUAUUCUCCCCCCACAGAGGCUGCGUGUGCUGGGGGUCCUGCAGCAGCAGCAGCAGCAGCAGCAGUGUGCUGGGGGUCCUGCAGCAGCAGCAGCAGCAGCAGCAGCAGCAGCGGCAGCAGCAUUAG